AUGUAUCUAUUUGGCCUUCUAUUCAUCAAUAACUUUGUCCUCGUCUUCAUCCUAAACCUUCUACUCCUCUCCGCUGACUUCUACUACCUAAAAAAUAUCGCCGGCCGCCGCCUUGUCGGACUCCGCUGGUGGAACGAAGUGAACACCACCAACGGUGAUUCUCACUGGGUAUUCGAAAGUUCAGACCCGAACACCCGGACCAUCAAUGCCACAGAUAAACGGUUCUUUUGGCUCAGUCUAUACGCUACUCCGGCGCUGUGGAUUGGUCUUGCUAUUCUUGCCAUUAUAAGAUUACAGAGUGUCAUUUGGCUAAGCUUGGUUGCAAUUGCGCUCAUCCUUACUCUCACGAAUACAGUGGCGUUUUCGCGAUGUGACCGGUUUAGCCAGGCAUCGACCUUCGCGAGCAGUGCCCUAUCCGGUGGCAUUGCAACUAAUUUUGCUUCAGGGAUGAUAGGAAGGAUUUUCAGAUGA